AUGAAACUGGGAUUUAUUUUCUUCGUUCUCACGACCGUCUCCUCAGUACUCGCAUCCCUAGAUCGGCCUUUCUUUGUUGGCCUUGGGCUGCUGAAGAGUCGAAUCCCGCGGUUCAUCACCAGCUUAGACCAUCCGUACGUCAAAGAAAAUCAACAUGCCAUUGAAAGCCUAAGCGACCCCGUCCAAUUUUUCUGCUAUCCCGAAUCGCAGCUGCGAGCCCUUCUCCCACCAGUACCGGACGACAUAUUCAAGAAGCUGAGCCUUGACGACCACAAAUGGGAUCACACAGUCGAGAUCCUAUCCGGCUUUCUGGAUUGCCCUUUGGCCGUAGAGGAGCUUGAAGAACUACAAGUGAAGGUCAGCUCUGCAUCACCUAGUAAAUAUUCUCAAACUGCAAUAAAAACCUUCACCCUCUUUACCCGACUAUUCAAGGAAGCUAUACAGCUUAAGACUCUGGCUUGGAUGGAUCCGUCUCCGGAAUUCGAUUCGCAUGAUGCGACAUCGGCGUUGCAUAAAUACUUGACGGACCAAAAUCUCAAUCUUCCAAGCGUCACUACCUUGAUUCUUGGUCCUAACGCGGAGUUCUUUGUGGCCGCGGCACCCAAACUACAGAAGAUAUCCUCAGCGCCGGGUUUUGCAUGGUCGUGGAGCGGGUUCAAUCAUUUUUACCGCUAUGAAAAUGGGCCACAGCGGCGACUUGUGCGAUCUCUGGACUCAGCAAAGCAACUAGAGAACGUUGAUCUGGGCUUCAGCUUUAGUAAGGACUCAACUGCUGAACUUGUUAAAGCAGCCCCAGGAGUGAAGACGCUGUCGUUAGAGGAUUUCUGUGAUGAGGGUCGGCAGUAUGGUGAAGCUGGCCGUGAAAAUUUCAAGGCCAUUCUUUCCGAGCUGGCCAAGUUGGAGAGCUUGACUGUACUUAGCCUGCCCCACGUAAACUACUUGGGUAUUGGCUCGUUUCCAGAACCUGGCUUCCGUUGUGGAAAUGCAUAUUUUGGGAUUGAAGGAUCCAAGUAUGGACGGAGCGAACUUCUUCAAGAAAUCCAAGCAACAGAAGAAGCUGCUGAUAUAAUUCUCCAAGCACUCCCGCAACUCACAAAGCUCUGCAUCAGGGAGUGUGCCGACGUCAAAGCAGGCAAGAUCGUUCGAUGGCCUUGGACUGGACGGCUGAGAGAUUAUGUACUUCAAUCCUGGCCCAGACUUGAUGGGACGGAUCCGGAAGAUGAUGGGAAGGAAGAUCUAGAUGGUCCGGUGCUCUACACGUGGGAGGAGGACGAAGAAUGGUUCUCGACAUCCAAAAAGCACAGUAUUGAUGAACUAUGA